AUGUCUAGCGUGCAGCAACAGCAAAGUCGAAAGCCUACAAUCUAUCAGGUUGUGCGGCUGGUAUUUGCCAUACUCACGUUUGCUACCGGUUGCUUGAGCAUCGUUUUCUCCCAACUGUUGGUGAAUGUGACGUUAGGUGGCGAUGAGGGAUUAAGGACGCGCUGGAUCGGUUUCACAAAGCGCAAUUUCGUGAUUCUGAUUACCUUUAUAACAAGUCUUACAUGCCCAACCGAUCUCGAAUUGUCAUUUGAUUCCGAUACCGUCUCGUGUCGCGAGGUUUUGGCCAAUGCCGAGCGGUCCUUGUUGAAAUUAAAUACUAGCGCCAUUUUGAUUGCCAAUCACCAACUAUACACUGAUUGGGUCUUCCUAUGGUUUGUCUCGUAUUUGAAUGAAUGUGCGGAGAACUUCUACAUCAUUAUGAAGAAGUCGCUGGAAAGAAUACCAAUUUUGGGGUACGGCAUGAAGAAUUAUGAUUUCAUUUUCCUUAAUCGAAAAUGGGACUUGGACAGGUCAUAUAUGAUUCAAAGGUUUGCGCAUCUAAGUUCUGUCAAAAAGCAUUGGCUGCUUAUUUUCCCAGAAGGUACAAAUUUGAGCCCCAACACUAAACCAAGGUCAGACGAUUUCAUGACAAGGCAGCACCUGGAUUUUAAACUAGAUCAUGUGUUGCUGCCCCGCGUGAAAGGGCUGUACCUAGCGUGUAAACACAUGCACAAAAAGACAAAUCUUAUCCUUGAUUUCACAAUGGCUUACAGUGACCAUCUUGCGACAGAGUAUGCUCAAGAUUCGUUUACUUUGCGCUCAAUCUAUCUGCUUGGAAAGGGUCCGAAGAGCUUAAGCAUGUUUGUCAGAGCAAUUGAUAUAAGUUCGAUUGACGGAUGCACUUUCGAUGAAAACGCGAACGAGGAAGAAGAAGAAGAGGAUAUGAGAAAAUUUGAAGUUUGGCUGAACAAACUUUGGGUGCAAAAGGAUAAAAUGAUGGACAACUAUUACAAAACAGGGCAUUUGGUGGAGGGGGUCAAAUCAACGAAAAUUCCCUUGAAACUUCGCAAUAGAUUUGAAAUUUUGAAUGUGUAUGUCAUACCCAUCGUGUUCUUUGUUCUGACCUGGCUCGCAUGUCGUUUAAUUACUACGUUGUUACGUUAG